AUGGCUUCCGGUCAUAGCCUUUUCUUAAUUCUUCUUCUUUUUUGUCAAAUAUUGGGUCUCGUACUGUUUCUGAGAGGUUUCUUUCCUCUGAAAAAAGCAAUCCAAGGAAUGGCAGCCAUCACGGACUUUCCACCGGAGCCAUCAGCUGAGAAUCCAGGAGAUCCUUUAUCUCCAAAAUUCGGAAGAGUGGUGAUCGUGUUGAUCGAUGCCCUAAGAGCAGACUUCGUAUUUAACAAUCAGUCAAGGAUGCCUUUUACUCAAGAAAUAAUCAGAACUAACAAGUCAUUUAGGUAAAGUAACGGUAUCCAACGGUAUCCCACCAAUGUACUUUGUUGCGUGACACUAAAUUAUUACUGUAUUGAUUUUUUAAAGGCCACAGAGACAACCUUUGUAUACAGUAGGGUGGGGGGGGUCAGGUUUAAAGGGAAUCCAUGUAGUCAGAAAUUUGAAAUGCCCAAAUAGCUACUAAAAUUAUGUGGGAAAUCACCACUGUACAUAAUUUAUGCACUAAUCAGUACCCCUCCAGAGUUGAGGAGGAGGGUUCCUGGUCUUCGCAAAGAAAGCACUAGUACAAUUUCAAAUUGUUGGCGGUUCAGUCGGUGAUAAAAAUCCCUCGGCUCUUUGGCCAGGGAUCCUUUUGAAUAGUGCAGCCCCCAUCCUGGAGAAAAAAUCGCCAACAAAACUCACCAAAUCCGAAGGGUUGGUUGUGUAUGUCCCUAGGUUGUGUAUGUCACCCUGCCAGGAUGGCUACUGAUUGGUGCAUUAUAGAAAUAGACCCCUACACCUGCCCUCACUAUACCGAUGUCUAUAUUACAUCACUAAUUUGCGGAGCCAUAUCUUUGCUUUUUCUGACAAACCAGUUUCAAACCUGGUACAUGUUAAGUUAACUGAAAUUAAUGUGCUCUUUGCAGCAAUAUUGAGGGUAAUAUGGUGACAAUAUUGUCAAAAGUUGAAAAAGCACAUGGAAGGGCCUACUGAAAAAAAAGACAGUGAAAAAGUAUCCUUCAGCUCGGGAAUUUAAUAAACACAUGGAGAAGUAUAAUGACAUCUCAAUUUUAUUUUUUCCAGCUUUCUAGCAAAGGCACAUCCACCAACAGUAACUAUGCCAAGAAUAAAGGUCAGUUUAGCCAACAAAAUAGAGAUGUUUGUGAUAUCCUGCUGUGGUCAGUCACUUAAGCUUUAAGUCCCUUAUUCCACAGUUAUAUGAGAUCGCUCACUGAAGCAAGGUACAGGUCUGGCCCAACUAACCAGGAAUUCUGCCAACAUAAUAAACUUUGGGUGAAAUGUCUUUUGUCUAUGGUGUCGUUUACUUAUGAUAAUAAAAUAGUGUGCACUUCUGAGUAAAAGGAUUUGUUGGUAUUGGCAUUAGGAAAUUAAUAUUAUUUUAAUCUAUACAUGCAUAAAAUUUGAAAUUCUUCUUCCCCUGUAGGCACUGACCACAGGUGGGAUACCAGGUUUUAUUGAUGUGGUUUUCAACAUAGACUCGGAAUUUCUCCAAGAAGACAAUUUGAUAAGUCAGAUGAAGUUUGCAAACAAGAAGAUUGUUUUUUACGGUGAUGACACGUGGAUGAGGCUGUUUCCUGAGCACUUUGAAAGGACAGAUGGCACAACAUCAUUUUUUGUCACUGAUUACACUGAGGUGUGGAGAUAGCAGUAGCAGUCCCAAGGGGGUACUCCAGAGUUAAUGUGACAGGGAUGAUUGACAGAGGGCAAAAACUAAAACUCCAAGAAAAAUCGCUACUUUAUCCAAUGAAACCUGAAGAAUUCCCUGGACCAAGCAUUAAUCCCCCCAAAAUCCCAAGCCUAUACUCCCAGGGUCAUAUAACUGGAAGGCAUUAAAAUAAUAUUCAAACAACUGCAAACAAGCAGAACUACAUGACUGGCAUACGUGUGUGGUACUACAGCAAUCUACAGAUUGUUUUGAAUACCAAAACAAUCCCUGCUUAAAUUGAGGCACCCCAAAAUACUACCUUUACAAUAUUGCCUUCAAAUUUGGCUUGUUCAAGCAAAAUAAUCUCAAAGUUACAUGGAGUAUUUUAUGGAAAAUAAUCAGGAGUCAGUACACAAAAUAAUUAUUAAUUGCUUGUUUGUGCGUGACGUCACGGCGACCAUCUUGGUGGUCAAGAACAAAAGCAUUUAUCUCCUCUGGGAACUAAACUCUAUUUUCAUGUAAAUUUUUCUAGCAAAAUUUCUAUUGUAUUGACCCCCAACAUGGCCGCCUUGUCACGUGGUUGCAAACCAAGAAUUGAAGGAAAACAUUGAAUUGCAAAUUAAUUUAUGAUGGAUGACUUGUCCUAAUCCAUUCAUGGCAAUUUUACUUUUAUAUUAAUAACUAUUGUUAACAGGUUGAUGACAAUGUCACCAGGCACAUUGACAGUGAGCUUAAAAGUGCUGAUUGGGACAUUAUGAUACUUCACUACUUGGGCCUUGACCAUAUAGGACACAUUGCGGGACCAUCAUGUCCCCUUGUAGGACCCAAACUCCUGGAAAUGGACCAUAUUAUAAACAACAUUUAUAACGCAAUGCUCAGAUGGGAUCAAAAAAGAGAGGCACCUUCUCUGAUGGUACUCUGUGGUGAUCAUGGAAUGAGUGAUGCAGGGAGCCAUGGUGGUGCAUCAUCCUCAGAGACAAGCACGCCCCUUGUAUUUAUGAGCCCUUUGUUUGAACAGCUUGGAGGUGAAGUAUUUAACAGGAAAGAAGUUCAACAAAUUGAUCUGGUGCCGACUUUGAGUGUACUUUUGGGGCUUCCAAUACCUCAAAACAGGUAAAAGAUGAAACGGCCUUCAUAAUUUAACUAUUUAAAGCUUCUAAUAGGUCAUGGGACCUGGAGUGUUGAAAGUAAAUUCAACUCUAUUUUUUUAGCCAGAGUGUAAGGAUAUCUCAACACUUCAACUGACAAGGAGCAUGAUCAAUCCUAUUUAUUUGCCUUAUCAUUUGUAAGAAGUUAACAGACAGGCUCAACACCUAGGACAAAACUGACCACAGAGAGGUUACUCAAUGCUUCAGCGUUAAAAGCUCUAUUCUAGUCUGUUUUUGAAGUUUUGGUAAAUUCUAUCUGAUUUCUCCUUUGUUUUCUUUUCAGCAUUGGAGUUGCUAUACCAAGCCUCUUUGGUUUUCAUACACCAAGAGAAAUGCUAAGGGCUCUACAGCUUAACACACACCAGCUGUCUAAAACACUUACCGCAAAUGGCCACUCUGUAGAGAACAUGUACGAACUACAUCACGCCCACAAGCUUCACUCUGAUUGGCUCAAAUCCACAGAAUCUGGACACAGUUCCACAAAUCUCAAGACAACGGCGGGAAAGGUUGCUAAGCAGUACAUCCUGGCUCUUGAGAAAAUGACCAGUCGCAUGACCGCCUCGCUUUCAAAAUACGACCUUCAUGCAAUGAUUUGUGGUAUAGCUGUUCUUAUUCAAACGCUUUACUGGGUGGCCUGUGGUUUGCGUCGAAUUUCUUUUCCAAACAAAACAGAUGAAAGCCUUGAUGUCUCUGUGACAAGUGUCUUUGUUGUGAGCGGCGCUGUUCUUCUUGUUGCCGUUCUUCACCUCAUAGCUUGUUCCAGCACAGUGAUUGGUAAGUGAAAAAAGCAGUUGAAACUUUCUUUUCCGAGAUUCCCUAGCUUUAAGCCGUUUUUUUUCCAGGUUGCAAACAAAAAAUAGUUUUGAUCACAAGGCGCUGAUUAGAAGUCGACAGUGAUUUGGGCGUGCUUUGGCACUAACUGUGACAUUUUCUUCACUUUGUCUGACUACUUUACACUUCCACCAUAGUUAGUAAAGAGGACCCCUCUACUAACUACGCUUUCACAUCUCUGAGUGUGGAACUCAGUAAUAAAUGACAAACGGUUCGUGGGGAGAAAUAGGCGACAUUAUCCUCACUUGGUCAGACACUUCCACCCCUUCGUACCUAUUAAGUGUGAGAACUAAGUAUCGAAUGACCGCUGUUUCGUGCCAGGCCGGGAAAAGAUCUACUUAAUCCUUGCUUUCACAGACUGUUCCAAACUUCUACAAUUUUAGAAGUGUAGACUAGAACUAAGAAGGAAAGACAAAAAUAAAAUAUCCUGUGGUCAGCGCUGGACAAUUUAACUGCGUGCAGUCUCUUUUUUCCUUAAUCCGUGACCCGUCGAGCGAAACGCGCGAGAGACGAAAAAGACCGCGCGCGUGACUCAAGGCGCAAGGCGGGAGCUGCCGCCCUGGUUUCUCGCGUCUCGUGCUGUCCCCUCACUUUAAUGAUAUGAGGAAAAAGGGAGGCUGCUCGUUGCAGGCUACUGGACAAUUGCGUGAACCUACAACAAAACGACAGUUUGCGUGCCAAACUAUUCCUCACGAUAAAUAGUCGCUCAAAUGAAAAAAACUACUUCUUUUUCACUUCUUCUUAAUUUUUCAGGGGGAAGUGACGUCAUGUGUGCUGCGAACAGCUUCGAAUCCUUUCUUUACAGUUCAACUGUAGCGCUGCAGGCAGGAGUCUCCCUCGCAUUCAUUUUGCUUCGCAUUCCAAACCUUAAAUCAUCCUUAUCGUGGACUUUAUCUUGGUUUUCUUCUCUUUUUCAAAGCAGAAGACACUUCUUUCUUAUAACAGGAGUUGUACUGCACACAUUUAGCCUUUUAUCGAGUAGUUUUGUAGAAGAGGAGCAUCAGACUUGGUACUUUCUUACAUCUUCAUUUUUCAUGAUCAUUUUAUUGGAGAAAAGUGUGUUAUUUUGCAAGAAAAACACUCACGUUUCGUUGGAGUUAACACCAGGAAACGCCACUCAGUCAGAAAGCUUGGACGGUGAAAAUUGUGGGAGAUAUAGGAAAGAAAAACCCCUUGAUAACAGUGAAAGUUUAACGCACACAGGCUUGGGUACAGACCAAGUGAUUUUUACUAACGUGAAAUUAGGUGAUCUUUUUUCAAGAAAAGAAUUUGUCAACGCUGAAACGAUUAGGACGGAGAACAGUUGUUAUUCGAGGGAAGCUGCGAAAGCGCAAUAUAGAGACUUAUCGUAUUGUUUGGUUGUUUUCGUACUUCUUGGUUUAGGAAGACUAUCCAGAGCAUGGAAUCAAACUGGAAUAAAAUGGGCUGAUAUACCUGAUAUAGGAGAUUGGCUUGUUAAGCCAGAAAACAAGAUAAUAUUAUCAAUAACUUAUUUUACAUCACUUGUGUUUAUCAUUGGAUUCCGCUACGGUCGCCAUGACAUUCUAACUUCUGUUGUGUUCAUCGUCGGUUGUGUGUCUUCCUACCUCUAUCGUGCUGUCACUGGAAAUGUUCAGUUACCAUGGUUACCAAAGGAACCAAUCACAAAAGGGAUUAUUGAAGCGCGAGUGACGUACUGUUGCGUGACAGUCAUGGUGUUGUGGAAUGUAAUUCUCUUGUUUAAGGCAAAUGACAGUAAAAAGAAGAGGUUUUUCCAGGAAUAUAUUUGCGAUGUAUGUGAACCUCUUGAAGGGCUCCUGUCUGGUUUUUUGUUACUGGAAGUCCUUCUUCAGCGACCCCACAAUGCUGCCAUCUUGGCUAUUUUUGUACUUCAAGAAAGUAUAUUAACCCAAGUACUCUGGUAGGCAUAUGGGGCAGCAUAUAUGUCUCUGUAAGAAUGGGCCAAGUAGGCCAUUUCCAAGUUCCAAAAACUCACUUUCAAAACGAGGUUAAGUUCAAAACCUUUCCUGUGAAAAUGAGUUAAAAUUUGCAUGAGAAUAAAACACUAUUUUUAUAUUCAUGGCUUUGCUCUACGCCUUGCUUUGAAACAGACUUGGGGUUACUAGGAAAUGACGUAUUUAAUGAAUGAAUUGUUUUCUAGUUGAAAAACUUGUCGAUUAUCCUUCAAAAUAGAAAAUACGUAGGUAAUUCGCGACAUUUGUUAAAAUGCAGACAUGGUUUCUUGAGAUGCAAAAGAAUACAUUACGUGACUCGUAAAAAGUCACAAAAUACUUAAAUACUUGCAAGAAUUUGUUAUGAGUCAUGAUAUGUCUAAAAAAGUACUUGAAACCAAGACAUGAAAUAUUAAAAAGGCGGUUUGUGUUUUGGAAAAUAGUUGAAAGGUACUUGAUUCACUGUGGUGUCCCUUCAACAUCUUGUUGUUGUCAUCUUGGGCGAGGUUUGAAUUCUUCCUUUUAUGAAACACUUAAAAGACUUCUUCGAACUCUGUCGCUUAGGAAGGAAAUUGAUUCCGUUAAUCUCGCCGUUUUGAGAACUAUCAAGUUCUCUCAUUACAUUAGAAACGUUUUUGUUAUUUCUUAUUAUCUAUCACAUUUUCUUUGUAGCCAAGAGAAGUCGUGGAUUGUCACGUUGAGUUCCUUGUGGAUGGGCCAUGCCAUGUACUUUUCCCUUGGGAACUCAAACAGCCUGGCCUCAGUGGAUAUUUCUGCGGGCUAUGUGGGGCUAGAGGAUUUUGUACCCAGUAUUAUGGUCCCUCUCACAUAUGUAGCCACUUAUUGCGGUCCAUGUCUGUGGCUGAUGGCUGGAAUCUUGUCUGUUAUACGAAAUACCCGGGAUGCAGUGAGGUGCGUACAAGUUUACCUUCACAUCACUUUAUCUGUUUAUUUUUAAUAUUUUAUCCGCAACACUACGCAAGAUGGAACCAUUAUGCUUACCAUAUCGACUUAGAAAAGAAAUUGCUGCAUAUUUCGGCUCUGAUUUGAAAGGUUACGUUAACGAUUUUUUCCAAAGACUCAAAACCCCGAGGCAAACCUUUGGUCGGUAGAGAGAAAAUUCCGGAUCACGUUCCUGGAAAAAGCGUGAAAUCUUAACCGUGACCAUGAGAACGUAACUAAUUUUGUCAAAUAUAUGAGUACUGUGCCUACAUUGUCGGGCUCUGCCCAGUUUGCUACAAGAGUCUUAAUUUUAAACGAACACUAACGAACGUUUUAUUCAUCGUUUUCUUUAGUUUACAGGUCUCUCUCUACCAAGCGUGUUACGUCAUCGCUGUCUGCCAGUCUCUGGUCCUUUGUGUUUACUGUACAUUAGUAUUUAGUCGGCGGUAUCACUUGUUCGUCUGGAGUGUCUUUUCGCCGAAGUUGCUAUAUGAAACAACCAAAACUUUGCUUUGCUCUGUGUUUUCUAUUUCUGUUAUUUGUCUGACGUGUUUCUUAGUAAAAACGGAACGACUUAGCUUGCAGAAAUCUGAAUGA